AUGGAAAGGCUCGCCCCCGAAAGUUCCCAGCCUCGAAAACGACCUCGCAGCUCCACUCCAGAGCCUCAUGAGGUGCCGCCUGCUGUAGGACGAAGGCAAAGUGUUAAGCGUCGACAACAACGCUACUAUGACUCAAAAAAUGAAGACGAAGAUGCCCCAAAGAUUGUGGCGCUACAUCGAGUGCUGUGUGACAAACGUCCUCGAGAAGAUAGCGACCAUUCGCGUCAUGAAGCUUCCGCACUCUACACUGAUACCCCUCAACUGUUCGCUGGCGACAACAAAGCCAGUGCGCUUCGCGCGGAGGACCACUUUAAAAUUCACGACGAGGAACGAUUUCUCGAGGACGUUGAUGUCGUUAUCUACCACACCUAUGCUUGCCAUAAAUUUCAAGAGACUCUGCAAGACCGAUUCGAAAGCUUCAUGCCACCGGAGCUAGAUCGACGGAUCUUCAGGCAAAAUCGAGCGUACUUCUUUAGCUUGCCCCAUGACACGGAGAAAGCGAGACCCGAGAAUAUGAGCAUCCGCAUCCUCUCUAACGAGGUCCGCCUUGCCGUAUCUUCAGCAGUUUCGUGCGACCCCGAUCUUGACGAGCAGUGGGAGCAAGAAAGGAACUUGCAGUAUCCGUUUCCGUUCUUCUUCCACCAUCGCCAGCGCUUGAGGGUUAUUAUCGAAGACCUACUAGAUCCUCGGUCUGGGUACUUGGUGAAUAGCCUUCUCUCCAAGGUUGAGCAUUUCUGUGAAGCCCAAUAUGGAGAAGCCGAUCGGCUGUUUGCAGCUGGCUUAGUCAAUCGAAGACACUUCGACAAGCUAUUCAACAAUGGCGAAAUGAUUGCAACCUACCAGCAGGGGCAACCAGUGGCCUACAGACUCAACGAUGUGAAGGGGACCAAGGAAGUGGCAGUCCUCCAAUGUUCAUCUUGGACGUUUGAUGGUACAUUCAGAAGGAAGUCACACGAUCUCAUCGUCAGGACGCCUAGCUCUAAGACCGGCGUACCCAUUACCACCUUAGAAGCAUUCCCAUUACGCUUCGACGAAGAAUUGAAAACAAAACUCAGGGCGCGAGGCAGGACGUUCUGGAGCUGUCGAUACAGAGCACACGUCUUAUAUCUAGCCCCAAGGCCACCUUUCGAAUCUCAAAUGGUUUCUCGACCUCGUUUUAUGAUCGACUAUGAAACAUAUCGAGCCAUUCAUGAUGAGCCCGAAGAAGACCACGCACAUAGUGCGCCCGAGGACGUUAUAUCAGCGUUGUCGACUGAUGAGCCAGACGAACAGGUUCUACUGUCUCUGCCCGCCCAGAUUCGCGGCUUUGGAUUCCAUGACAAGAAAUGGAGAAUGCUGGACGUUGCAUACAUCGAGGAGAUCAAAUUCAACAAAGAAGCAUUCAAAAGACUACACCUUAAGUCUGACAAGAAAGACCUCAUCCAAGCACUGGUCACUGUACACACAAGCGUGGAAAACACAGCCGACAUCAUCGAAGGUAAGGGUAAUGGCUUGACAAUCCUUCUCCAUGGUGGACCAGGCACCGGGAAAACCCUCACAGCCGAAGCUAUUGCUGAACUCACCGAAAAACCCCUCUACCGUGUUACCUGCGGCGAUAUGGGAAUCGACGCCGAGCGUGUGGAGGAAUACCUCGACGAAGUCCUCCGCAUCGGCACCGUCUGGCAAUGUGUGCUGCUCCUCGAUGAGGCCGACGUCUUUCUCGAAGAACGCACGCACCAAGAUAUCAAACGCAACGCCCUCGUGUCUGUCUUCCUCCGCGUCCUGGAAUACUACAAGGGCAUCCUAAUUCUGACCACGAACCGCAUUGGCACUUUCGAUGAAGCCUUCAAAUCGCGCAUCCAACUGCCAGUCCACUACCCGGAUCUCAACGAAACAGGUCGAAAGAUCAUAUGGCGGUCAGCCCUGAAUGACAUCCCGCCGCUACCACGGGGGUUUGACCGACAGAAUCUGCUCGAUCACAUCGACAAGCUCGCGACGCACAGGUUGAAUGGGCGGCAAAUCCGGAGUAUUGUGAACAGUGCUAUGAAAUACGCGCACUUCAAGGAGGAACCGUUGAGUUACCGCCACUUUGAGGUGGUGAUUGGUACCGUGAUGGAGUUCGAUCACUAUACGAUGGAGACGAGGGGUCAGACGGAUUCGGAGUGGGCGGAGGCAGAGGGGUUGAGAAAGAGGCCAGGACUGUAG